ACUGAGUACUAACUACUUAAAUUAUUACUCUGCAAAGUAGAAUACAAUACCCGCCUUCAGUACUCGUAGUCAAGUAAAAAGCAAUAAGGAAACUAUCUACUGGACUUAACGAACUCGCCAAAUCAUAAAUGGAUUAUAAUUAUAAAUUAUGAGAGAUCUCGCUCAAAACGUGUUAUGUAGAAACCUUUGGAUAGGUAUUAAGAGAGGUAUAUAAAGGACUCCAAAAUUAUAGAAUUCCAGUUCCACCAUCCAAUCUCCAGCCAACACCAAAAUGAGACAAGUUGUGUGCUUCUUAUUACUCGUCGCCUUGGCGCACGCCGCAGUCGAACGGAAGACUCGCCAAGCGUACUACGGUAGUGGAGGCUACGGCGGUUACGGCGGUGGUGGCCUGAGAGGAGGAGACCCCUUCGGCACCUUCGGAGGCCUUCGUCCAGGCCAGGGCGUGGUCUACAAUGGCUACGGCAACGACUUCGGAAUCCCCGGCCUUAAGCCCGGAGACGAGGUGGUCUACGAAGGAGUGGUUGGCAACGGAUUCCAGGGAAACCCAGGCUACGGAAGCGGCUACCAGAGUUACGGACUUAACGGAGGCUACCAAGGUCUCGGAGGUUACCAGGGUCUCCAGGGUUAUGGUGGAUAUUACUGAGCUUUAGUGAAAUUUGUAGUAUUAUUUUUGUUAAUAAAUUAAGUUUUUGUUA